GAGGUUAAAGGUUUUAGUGGGGAGGAAAGGGAUCCCUGCAGGACCCAGAAAGCCAGAAGAGCGUGAGAGAGGAAUAAAUAAAUCCGAAUUCAUCCAAACUUCUCUCUCUCCCACCUCCCUUACAUCCUCUCAUCACCACCCCCACCCUCCUUCCUGUCUUUCUCCCCCUCUCCCUCUCCCUCUUGACGAAUUUUCCUCCACCCAUUACCUUCCUGUUCUUCUCCACCCACUCCAUCGAUCUCUCUCUGAAUUCGGUCACGUCCUACCCACCAUCGCUGCCUCUUUGUCUUGCAAUCGGUUCUUGUUUCCUCCGUUUGCUGGGUUGAUUCCUUCUCUCUCUCCCCUGGAGAGGAUCAAUAAACAGGAGAGAGGGAGGGAGAAAAGAAGAGAAAUCAGAACAAGUCCGCUCUUUUGCCUGGAUUGCGGUUCUUGCAAGCUGUCGAGGAACUCUGGACCAGUUUUUGGUCUUUUGAGCUACUGGAAAGAGGAGCAUCUGAGAUGCUACGGCCACAGAUCAAUUGAUAUCUUGUUGCCGUGGUUUGGACAUAAUACCUUCAACAAUGCAAGGGCAGAGGAAUUCUCUCGAGCAUUUUGCUGAUGUUUUUGGAUUUGACGUUGCAUCUAGUUCAGGCAACCCAGUCAUGGAUCAACAAGCAUAUUGGAAUAAUGUUCUUGGAUCAGUAGAAUCACAGAAUCUUCAAGGUUAUGAGAUGAACCACAGUGAUGCCACCAUCCCAAAUGGAAACGAGACACACCAAGAUGGUGCAUUUCUUGGUUUCUGGGAGUCAGGCGAAGCUAGUUCGACUGGCAGCUCACUAAACUAUGGGAGCUCUAGCAGCGUCAAAACAGAGCAUCUUAACAUCGGUGGUGGCCUGAGGAUUGGUGAAAGACGACUGGUAGCUGAAAAUAACCGUUCUCUGGAUGUGAAUAUAAACCUUAAUGCCAGCAUUAGUGAUUUAUGUGGCCAAAGUUCAAAUGUUAACUGUGCCUAUCAAUGUCCUGAGCAGUGUGGUGGCUGUGAUCGUAAUGGUACAAAUGCUCAGCCAUCUGACCUGAGAUCACACCCAUACAGGACAUUCCUGCUAGGUGCAGAGCAAACAGACUCUUUUACUUCUUUGAAUCCCAGCGAAAAUCCUCUGGGUGAUUUUUCAUUUAUGCCGGAAGGCAUUGAUCAAAGACCAGGGAGUUCGCUGGAUGGUCGCCGACUAGCAUGCAAGAGAAAAAAUAUUGAAGGAGCGAAUGGGCAGAGUUCAGCAGGUGCUAGCACAAGUGUUUCCUACAGGAACGAUAAUGCCUUCCAUACCAAUGCUUCUCCAAGUUACAAUGCUGCUCCUAUCAGAAAUUCAUCCUCCCCAAAUAGCUUGUUGGUUCCAAGUUCCGUUGAGGAUCAACUCCCACGUUAUGGAACUAAUGCAGGAUUCUCGUCUAGUAGCUAUGAUCCUAGUGGGGCCGUUAACAACACAGGGAAUUCACAGAGAAGUUUCCGGGCAAGAACUACCACGGCUCAACAGCUUGCUCCCUGUAGUGUAUGGCCCUCUUCAAAUACUAUCAGGGUUUCUAAUUCAUGGAAUCAUCAGGCGCCUCACCUGCACAGUGCAUUUGAUGAGCCACAAGAGGUUAUUCCUGUGGUCAGUAGCCUCAACUUGCAAUACCAACAUCCAAUAAAUGUUGUUCCUGGUCUUCCGCAAACUGCAAACCGUUUCACUGGUCAUGCAGCUUCAUCAUCGAGAGCUGGCAGUUUGGAGAACAUAAUUCUUGGUAGUGAAGAGGUUGCCAGGAGGAAUGUGGUGCCUACCAACUUCUCUGAUUUAGUUCCUCCCGCCACAGUAGACAUGAGGCGUUUGGUGCCAGAACCGACUAAUUGGAGUUCUGAUGGUCAAGGCACUGCAAUUUCAGGAAAUAUUCCUCCUGUAUCAAGAGCUAAUACCAAUUCAACAGUUAACCCACCAGCAGGAUUCACUCACCAAAACCUGAAUAGACGCCAUUCUCGAAAUUUAUCAGAGGAGAUUGGUCGUCUAUCUGGAGCACUCCGUGGUCAUCAAUACCCACGCUUAAGGCCAGGGUUUCUGUUGGAGCGCCAGGGUGAAGGUGUUUGGGGUGUUCCUUUAUCAAUGAGGGGUAGGGAAGGAAGAAGGUUAAUGGAGAUCCGGAAUGCACUUGAAAUGAUUCAUAGAGGGGAGAAUGUAAGGUUGGAGUCUAUUUUCUAUGGUGGCAUCGACAUUCAGGACAGACACAGGGAUAUGCGCCUUGACAUAGACAAUAUGUCCUAUGAGGAGCUAUUAGCACUGGAGGAAAGAAUAGGAAAUGUUAAUACUGGCCUCAGCAAGGAUGCAGUGACAAAGCUGCUCAAGCAAAGGAAAUUUUCAUCGUGGAGAUUAAAAGCAUCUUUGGACCAUGAACCAUGUUGUAUCUGCCAGGAGGAGUAUGUUGAUGGUGACGACCUUGGGAGACUUGACUGCGGACACAACUUCCAUGCUGCCUGCAUCAAGCAAUGGCUCGUCUUGAAGAAUCUGUGCCCGAUUUGCAAAAACACCGCCUUGAAGACCUAAAAACAGAAGGGAGCAACAAAGUCUCGUCAGAGACACCCAUGUUCGUGUUCAUUCGAUCGCAAGAUCCUUUAUCGAUUCAUAUUACUGUACUUUUUGGUUGGGAAAUUUUGCCAUUCACCUGCAAUUCGGAUAGGAAAAAAAUGUUCCCUGUAAACUGUUGCAGUAAAUAAUUCCUGGAAUCUGUCUCUGCAUUUAACCAAAUAUUUGUGGCUGGUAUAAUGGAUGUCGUGGUUUAAACUUCA